ACUAUGAACAGCUUCAUGGCCGUGAUCCUCCUCUGGACCGUGAUAGCACGUGCUGCAGCAGACGAGCCUCUUGGAGAGACAGAUAAGACUGGAUUUCAAAUAUGCAAAGAUGCCUUGAAACUACCGGUCUUGGAGGUCCUACCAGGAGGAGGCUGGGAUAACCUGAGGAACGUAGACAUGGGGCGGGUGAUGGAAUUGACAUACGCCAACUGUAAGACCACGGAAGAUGGACAGUACAUCAUCCCCGAUGAAGUCUUUACUAUUCCUCAGAAAGAGAGCAACCUGGAGAUGAACUCAGAAAUCCUGGAAUCCUGGAUGAACUACCAAAGUACCACGUCAUUUUCCAUCAACACUGAACUCUCCCUUUUCUCCAAAGUCAAUGGCAAGUUCUCCACUGAGUUCCAAAGGAUGAAGACCCUUCAAGUAAAGGACCAAGCUGUAACUACUAGAGUUCAGGUGAGAAACCGAGUCUACACAGUCAAAACCAGCCCAACUUCAGAACUCAGCUUGGGCUUUAUGAAGGCACUUAUGGACAUCUGUGACCAACUAGAGAAAAACCAGACAAAGAUGGCCACCUACCUGGCAGAACUCUUGGUCCUCAACUAUGGCACACACGUGAUUACUAGUGUGGAUGCCGGAGCUGCUCUGGUUCAGGAGGAUCACAUAAGGUCCUCCUUCCUCCUGGACAACCAGAACAGCCAGAACACUGUGACUGCCUCUGCUGGGAUUUCCUUCUUAAACAUUGUGAACUUCAAAGUUGAGGCCGACUACACAUCCCAGAAUGCUUUGACCAAGAGCUACCUUGCUAACAGAACCAACUCCAGGGUGCAGAGCAUUGGAGGGAUUCCAUUCUACCCAGGCAUCACCUUAGAAACCUGGCAGAAGGGCAUCACUAAUCACCUGGUGGCAAUAGACCGUGCUGGCCUGCCUCUGCAUUUCUUCAUCAAGCCGGACAUGCUCCCUGGUUUGCCUGGUCCCUUGGUGAAGAAACUGUCCAAGACAGUGGAAACGGCUGUGAGACACUAUUACACGUUUAACACCCACCCUGGCUGCACAGAUGUCGACUCUCCCAACUUCAAUUUUCAAGCCAAUAUGGACGACAGCUCCUGUGAUGAGAAAGUAACCAAUUUCACCUUUGGCGGAGUUUAUCAGGAAUGCACUGAACUGUCUGGGGACGCUCUUUGCCAAAACCUACAGCAGAAGAAUCUGCUCACUGGUGACUUCUCUUGUCCUUCUGGCUACACCCCUGUCCACCUGCUUUCUCAGACCCAUGAGGAGGGUUACAGUCGUCUGGAAUGUAAAAAGAAAUGCACCCUCAAGAUCUUCUGUAAAACAGUAUGUGAAGAUGUAUUCCGAGUGGCCAGGGCUGAAUUUAGGGGUUAUUGGUGCGCAGCCACUGGCCAAGUACCUGAAAACUCAGGACUUCUCUUUGGGGGAGUCUUCACUGACAAGAGCAUCAACCCCAUGACAAAUGCCCAGUCAUGCCCAGCCGGAUACAUCCCACUGAGCCUGUUUGAGAGCCUCAAGGUAUGUGUUUCUCUGGAUUAUGAGUUGGGGUACAGGUUUUCAGUCCCUUUUGGUGGGUUCUUCAGCUGUAUAAUGGGGAACCCCUUGGUUGCUUCUGAUCCAUCCAAAGACACAGGGGCACCAUCUCUGAAAAAGUGUCCUGGGGGUUUCAGCCAACACCUAGCCAUUAUCAGCGACGGAUGCCAAGUGUCCUACUGUGUCAAGGCUGGAGUCUUUACAGGAGGGUCCCUGCUUCCUGUCAGGCUCCCACCUUAUACCAAACCACCCCUCAUGAGCCAAGCUGCCACCAACACCGUCAUAGUGACCAGCAGUGAGACUGCCAGAUCCUGGAUCAAGGAUCCCCAGACCAACCAGUGGAGGCUGGGAGAGCCUCUGGAACUUCGCAGAGCCAUGACGGUUAUCCACGGGGACAGCAGUGGUAUGCCAGGAGGGGAAGCUGCUGGAAUCACUUUGGGAGUCAUGAUGGCACUAGGGCUUCUCACUGUCUUGGCUAUCUAUGGUACUCGGAAGUACAAGAAAAAGGAAUACCGGGCAAUCGAGGAGCGGGAAAGUUUGGUUGGAAGUUUAACAACAGAUGCCUCGGCCUCUAAUGGAGAACAGGAUCCAAGUCCAGCUUAAUCGUCUCCAAAGGAAGCAGUUUCUGUCAUUUCCAGCCACAGCUUCAGGCACAGCUUUCACUCGGCUUUUCUCUCCUCCUGCCUUCCCACUGAAGUGACAGUUGCAAUAGAAAGCAGGUGUUACAACUGUGACAGUUGCAGGUGUCACAACCGCAGGACUUCUUGUUUAGGCCUCUGCACCAGGAAAUUAACGGAGCUGUUUUAACAAGGUGUGGGGAGGGUAAUGAUUCUUCAGAAAAGGCUGCACUGGGAUUAAACCAUGGUGAGGGGUGGGUGGGGCGGGGUCCACUCUCAUGCUUGUUUUUACAUGAAUGCAUUUGUGUGGAAAGAGGAGGUGUGGAGAGAUUGGAUUUGGAAAUUAUGCAUUUAAUCUGAAUUCGAAGGGCUUUCCAAUUUGUGUGCUGAAGGGGCUUGUGCUGUAAGUACGUUAUUUCUUCUAUUUUGUUUUUAAAGGUGCUCUCUGGGUUUCAUAAAUCUAGAGGCAAAUGUGACCCUGAAAUGCCACAGGAGGUCUUCAUGGCCACUACGCUUUAGCUUUAGGGACUCGGUGUUGAUUUACACCAUGCUUUCCCAGAGUCAUCUACCAGGCAUGUGAAAAGAAAGGCAGAACUUACACAAAUUCAUUUCCCCCACUUCCCCAUAGCUAGGACUUAACUUCAGUCUAGAUCAGUCUGAACAGUCUUAAAAAGACCUUGGAAAAUAUUUUAAUUUAUCAUUUCCUGUUGCGGGAUGAAGGACAAAGAAACAGUAGGGAAAUAAAUGAUAAAUUAAGGAUAAAAACCAGGGUUCUGAAAAUGACGCCAGUAUUCCAGGAAACUGAAUUGUGAGAUGCCAACUAACGCUAUAGUGAGGAACUGAAUGGUGCUCUACUUUGGAUAGAAGCAUUAUGUUUUCAUGUUCAUGUAUUUAAAAACUUUAUAUAUAAGCCCUGCCUCUCUAUGGAUGGCAUUUUGUCCUUCCUGUCUUCUCAGUAUAGGUGUGGGG